AUGGGGUUUGGAGCCCUCCUCACCAUGAAACUGCGCAACCUGUCCCCGGAAUUUGCCUACUGGUUAGUGACCAGGGUUGAUGGUGCUAAUGGGGUGUUUUAUGGUGGGGGCGAUAUGGAAUUCAGCCUGGAUCCCAUCCAAUUUAACUGCGUUUUGGGGCUGCCUAUGGGUACUCAGCCUGUACCAUCUCUUAAUGGCAACCUAGACACACGCCAUAGGAAUAUAGCAGACCAUAUUGUUCAGAUGUAUGGGGAUAGUAGUGGGGUUUCUGUUCAGAAAGCUUGGGAAUUUGCAGUGGGGAUGAGGGAUGGACAGGGUAAGGCGGUGGGUACUAUUGUCCCAAUUGUAACAAGAGAGGAGGAAUUUGAAUUUAGAAUAGCCUUUAUGAUUGUUAUACUGGAGCUGGUGUUGUGCCCAAGCACAGACGGGUUUACCUUGGCGGGAAGGUUGUUACCUGCCGCAUCGGUAGCACCGGAGUCAAAUUCAUAUGAUUGGUGCACGUUCUGUUUAGAGUGGCUAAAGAUAUGGUGCAAAAUGUUUGCACAUCAGUUUGAUCAGCAUGGAGUUGUUUCUGGAUUGGGGGGCUGCAGCCUAUUUUUGACGGUGUUCUACCUGGACCACCUGAAUGUUGUUCCUAGGCAAUGGUGUGUUAUGCCGAGGGUGGCUGUGUGGUCCCAAUCUGAUGUGGAUGCCCUGAUAGAGGCAGACAAGAAAGGUGGAGGUGACUAUGGAAGAACUCAGUCUGUUGAUGUUGCUUACGGCGAGAGACACCAUCCUCGAUUGCCAAGAGAUAUGCGGGGUUCCUACAUUGCAAAAGAGGUUCUGAAUGUUUUAACAAGCCGAUUUGAGAGAAUCGAGGAGCAAAUGCACAACCAAGGAGAGGUUUUAAGAAGUAUGAAACUUGAUUUGUCAAGAAUAGUAGGGGUGAGGGAACAAGAUAGUGGGUUGAAGGACACUCAAAGUGGAGGUACAAGUGGUGAUAGUGUGGGUGGUGUGGCUGUUUGCCCUGCUCUCGGAGGUACGCAGACAAUGAGGCCGACCACAAUUCCUACGGCCACUGCACAGCAGUUUGGAGUUCCGUCGCCGGUGGGUUUUGCAUCGGCCUUUGGUUCAGCUCGGGGUUUUGGCACCCGAGGCUUUGGGUUCCCUCCUCCUUCCACUUCAGUCUCUCCAGUUUUGGUGAGUGAUCCUAUAACCCCUGGUCCUUCUUCUGCGGUUACCUCAGAUGUUCUUGGAUUUAUGGCUCCCUCUUCCUCUGAUUGUUCUGUCCCUACGAAAUCUAUGACCACGCUACAGACUGAAGUACAAUCUCCUGCUCAGAAGCCGGUAAUCACCACUGAAAUUUUAAAGGGAGUUUCACCUCUUAGGAGCUCCCGGAAGAGUCGUACUGAUAUGGAGAAGGAAUUGGUUGCUUUCAUCAAGGAGUGCCAGGGAAAUAGCAAGGAUGAAGGACCAGAGUUGAUUGAGUUCGAUGGUUUGAAGGAAAUAAUUAAAUUUCAUUAA